UUGCCUCUCACUACCUAUUUCCCCUUUCAUCUUUCAAUCAUGGCUUCUCUUCAGUAUCUUCUCUUCAUUUCAUUCUUAGUUUUCUUUGUUGCUCCUGGUUUAGCCCAACAGUCGUUCCGCCCCAAGGCCCUGGUCGUUCCAGUCUCUAAAGACGCCUCCACACUUCAAUACCUCACCACUAUUAACCAAAGGACACCCUUUGUUCCUAUACGCGUUGUGGUUGAUCUCGGUGGCCGAUACUUGUGGGUUGAUUGUGAACGGGAUUAUGUUUCAUCGACUUACCGUCCUGCCAGGUGCAGUUCAGCCCAAUGCUCGCUGGCUGGAGCCAAUGGGUGCGGAGAUUGUUUCGAUGGACCAAGGCCAGGGUGCAACAACAAUACAUGUGCUGUCGGACCCGGCAACACCGUCACUAACACCGCCGGUCCUGGUGAGGUUGCACAAGAUGUUGUCUCUCUGCAAUCAACUGAUGGGAGGAAUCCUGGCAGAGUGGUAACCGUGCCUAGAUUCCUUUUCGCUUGUGCACCAACUUCCCUGCUUCAAGGCCUUGCUAACGGUGUUGUGGGAAUGGCUGGUUUCGGUAGGUAUAGAAUUGGGCUUCCUUCGCAAUUCUCUGCUGCUUUCAGUUUCCGAAGGAAAUUCGCCAUUUGUCUCUCGUCAGCCAAUGGUGUUAUUUUCUUCGGUGAUGGUCCCUACGUGUUCCUCCCUGGAGUUGAUGCAUCAGAAUCGCUUACUUUCACACCGCUCUUCAUUAACCCUAUCAGCACAGCCCCUUCUUUCCCUCUCGGUGAACCUUCCGCCGAGUAUUUCAUCGGCGUUAAGUCCAUCAAAGUGAACGAAAAACCCGUCUCACUGAAUACAACGUUACUGUCCAUUAACAGCGAAGGUGUUGGGGGCACAAAGAUUAGCACCGUGAAUCCCUACACUGCCCUAGAGGCUUCCAUCUUCAAAGCUGUGACUGAGGCCUUCAUUAAUGAAGCUGCUGCUAGGAACAUCACCAGGGUGGCUGGUGUGGCCCCAUUUGAGGUAUGUUUCAGCUCAAGAAACAUUGUAGGGACACGUUUAGGAGCAGCGGUGCCAUCAAUAGACCUCGUGUUGCAGAACGAGAAUACUUUUUGGAGGAUUUUUGGGGCAAACUCGAUGGUCGAGGUUAGCAGGGAAGUGUCGUGUCUUGGGUUCGUGAAUGGUGGCUCGAACCCAAUGACUUCCAUUGUUAUUGGAGGGUACCAACUGGAGGACACUCUUCUUCAGUUUGAUUUGGCAACUUCAAGGCUGGGGUUCAGCUCUACCCUUUUGGGUAGGCAAACUACUUGCGCCAAUUUCAACUUCACAUCUAAUGCUUAGAUGGCAUACGGUAGAAAUAAAUUUUACAAAUUAUAAUGUUGUGAGCAAUUAAUGGCCAUAAGAGAUAAUAAUCUGCAUCCUACCUCUAUUUAGUUUCUAUUCAAAUUCCAAACAAAAGAUGAAGUUUAUAGCUUACAAUUAUUUUGAAUGAUUUUUAUAUUUAAUAUGUUUAGAUGUUUUCGUUUA